CCGCAGAGAGACAGCUGAUGUGCCGACUCUUCUUCCGCACCUUCUAUGCCGACCUGCUCUUGAAUACACGCUGACGAGAACACAGUCGGACAUUAUUUUUUUAAUUUAAGAAACACAGUGGAAAAUGUCGCCGUGGGACAGACUGCCGCUGCUGUGGGCUUUUCUGCAGGCUGUGCUCGUCGUGGCGUUGUGUUUCACCGACAUGGAAACGGGGCCUGGCGCAGGUGUAUCGACGCAGCCGAACGGAGAUCGCUUCAAAAUCGAGGGCAGAGCGAUUGUUCCGGGGAUUAAAACGCAAGACUGGGUGUCCUCUGCCAGAAUCCUAGUGGAAGGCGAGGAAUACGUGGGAUUUGUCAGAACUGAUGGAAGCUUUGCAGUGAAUGACGUACCUUCAGGAUCCUAUGUUGUGGAAAUCGUCAGCCCUAACUACAGAUUUGAACCAGUACGCGUUGACAUCACAUCCAAGGGCAAAAUGAGGGCUCGUCUUGUGAACUACAUCAAGCCUUCUGAAGUCAUUCGUCAGCCGUAUCCUCUGCAAGUCAGAGCCAAUGGUCCUCACAGCUACUUCAUGAAGAGAGAAACCUGGGGCUGGACAGACUUCCUCAUGAACCCAAUGGUUAUGAUGAUGGUUCUGCCCCUGCUCAUCAUCGUUCUGCUGCCCAAGGUUGUCAACACCAACGACCCAGAGAUGAGAAAGGAAAUGGAGCAGUCCAUGAACAUGCUGAACCCCAACCCCGAGCUUCCAGACGUCUCCGAGCUCAUGACCAAGCUCUUCUCCGGCUCCAAGGGCUCCAGCAAGGCGAGCAGCAGCAGCAAGGGCACCAGGCCGGCUGUGAAGAGGAGGUAGUACUGCACGUGCCCCCUCCAUCUGCCUGAUGAAGCUCGGGUUACGCCAUGGAAGAAAGAUUUUUAAGUGUCAUCCCACCCCCCCACCCCCUCCUCCCCCCUCUGGGUCUAUUGUACAGUUUUCUUUAAUAAUAGAUGUUUUGAGCACAUCUUGAUUUCUAAUAUGCUGUCGGAAAGGAUGGAAAAAAAAAAAACCCGAGAUGUUUUUCUUACUGCAGUGAUAGAAAACUCUUAAACCCUGCAAACGCUGUUAUCCUUUAUUUGCUAUUUCUUCUCUAUGUGGUUCUACUACUCAUCAUCAAUUAUUUUCCUGCUCUAACCCUUCCGGUGUACAUUUUUUCCACUGCUGCUGACCUGACAGAGAAAAUAUAUUCAGAGAUUUUCUUGGUUCUUUUUUUUUUUUGGAUAUCAGUAAUAUGACUGUGAAUGAAGAUGCAUUGAAUUUUAAGACCGAUACAUUCUUAUUUAAAAAAAAAAAAAAAGGCUAGAUUAAUAAAUUGAAUGGUAUAUAACGACUGUGUUUUUAUUUCUGAUCAUCUUGUUUGUUUGAGAGUGAACACAUGGCCUUCUCAUUUGAGUUAAAGAGAUACAUACUGUACAUUAUGUGCCUACGGUGUAUAAACUACAACGGUGAUCACGGGCAGGUUAAAGGAGGGGCGAGCUGUGUGGUUGCUUUUGAGAUACUUGGUUAGAUUUUAAGAAAGCAGACAGUAAGAAAUCGAUAUGCAAGUCUUAAUAUAUUGUGUUUGUUAUUAAUGUCCUCAGAUGCUGAAAAGUGUGACUAAUAAAUGACAUUUUACAAAAA